AUGAAUUUGAUUUCCAAAUCAUUGACGAGACUCGAAUGUUCGCCAUUUUUCCAUCCAAGGCCUGCGGAAAAACGAAUCAGCUCUCAGCAAAUCCGUUUAUGCACUGUGGCUGUCGCCGGGAAAACUGGUGAUGUCGGAAAGAAACGAAUAGUCAAGGCACCGGCGCCGGAUGUGGUGACGCCGGUGAAAGCGCCGGAGGUAGCGGCAGUCACGGCGAAGAAGGAGGAUGGAUUAGGUCGGCCAAAUGAGAUAGCUUACAAUACGGAAGUGGCGAAUUGGGUCAAUCUGAUAGGAUCUGUUGAUCAACCUGUUCAAUUCGAAGCUUCUUCUGACGGCAAAUUCUGGGCUGGUACUGUUAUUUCCCAGAAGUCCGCUUCAGAUUCCUCUGCUUUCUGGAUUCCGAUAAUAUUCGAAGGUGAUUUAGCUAAAACCGCAGCUCGAUAUAUAAAGAAAGACGAUCUUAUUCAUGUUUCUGGAAAGCUCUUUAUAGAUUCCCCUCCUCCAAAUAUGACUUAUGCUCAAUCCAAUGUCCAGGUGUUGGUACAGAGUCUUAGUUUUGUACAGCCUGCUUCUCCGCCUUUGGUUUUACCAUUAUCUGAGAUGGAAGAAACUGGCGUCAAGAAGCGUCCUGCGAGAGCUAAGAAGGAUGUUGUCAUGGAUGAAGCUUCUGACAUGCCUGUGUUAGCUAGAGCUAAGAAGAAUAUAGUCGUGGAUGAAGCUUCUGAUUCUUGGAAUCACCUCAUUGAGAACCCUAGAGAAUGGCGGGAUCACCGCGAAAAUAAAGCCAAAGGAUUGGUUAAACCAAGACAUCCUGAUUUCAAGAACAAGGACAACAGUGUCUCAUUGUGGCUCAACAAGGCUCCUAAUUGGGUUUUGCCAAAACUCGAAGGGCUCGAGUUUGAUGUUCUUGUCCCUAAAGCCAGAGUAGUGAAACAACUUAAAGGUGAAGAAUCAUGGAAGGACUUGGUUCAGAAUCCAGAUAAAUGGUGGGACAAUAGAAUUGAGAAGAGAAAUGCGAAAGCCCCUGAUUUCAAGCACAAGGAGACAGGUGAAGCACUGUGGCUAAAUGAGUCUCCUACUUGGGUAUUACCACAACUACCACCACCAGACAAGAUUAUCCCCAUGUUUGUAAAGAGCUCCAAGUGUUUGCAAAAAUAA